GCGGUUGGUAAACCAGCUUUACCGCCACCUCUCCACUUCAGUUGGUGGCGGUAACGCUCUAUAAACUGGACUAAAAAAGCCGAUAAGAAGAACGCGUUUGGUCAGCUGACCGGUAACGUAGGUACACGUUGCGGAGGUUUUGCAAAACGACAGACAAAAUCACUAAAUCCAUAAAUAUUUUGUGAAAGAUUUCGUCUUUGUCAGGGCUCUCUGCGACGCCGCAGAAGAGAUGGGCAAGAAAGGAAACUUUUUCUACGCUGUGAGGAAAGGAUUUAGACCAGGAGUAUAUCAAACAUGGGAGGAUUGUAAACAUCAGGUGGAUAAGUUUCCCUCAGCGAUUUUUAAGAAGUUCGCUUCUGAACAGGAUGCUUGGGCUUUUGUGAGGAGCCAGUCAGCAGCACCAUCCUUUGGGAGACCAAAGGGAUGUGACUAUGAGGUCCUGCCUUCUAGAAAUGUGCCUGAUUCCUCGAUGGUUGUUCCCCUUGGAAGUAAAAGGACCUAUGAGGACUCUGAUGAUGAGGGACCAUCCUAUCCAAAACGAGUGAAACUCAUUGAGGUCCCACAGCCAAAGACAGCUGCAGCCAGUAGUGAUGGAUUUACAUAUAUGGGUGAUGCUAUAGUAGUAUACACUGAUGGCUGUUGCACAGCCAAUGGGAAAAAAGGAGCACGCGCAGGAAUUGGUGUAUAUUGGGGUCGUGAUCAUCCACUUAAUGUUGCUGAGAGGCUUCCAGGAAGACAGACCAACCAAAGAGCAGAAUUGCAGGCUGCUUGCAAGGCACUCGAGCAAGCCAGAGAAAAUAAUUUAAAAAAAGUUGUGAUCUACACGGACAGCAAGUUCACCAUUAAUGGCAUUACAAGUUGGGUAAAGACUUGGAAGUCUAAUGGCUGGAGGCUUAAAGGUGGCGGGGCCAUAGUCAACAAGGAAGACUUUCAAAAGCUGGAUAAACUAAAUGCAGAACUUGAGGUCGAAUGGAUGCACAUUCCAGGUCAUGCUGGGUAUACAGGCAAUGAGGAAGCAGACAGACUGUCCCGGGAGGGAGCGGCAAAGCCCCCAUGUUAGCCCACUUUUAUCAUGUUAAUUUUAUAAUAAUGCAUUAUUGUAGGUGCCUAGGACGAGGUUGUAGUUUGUUUAUCCUCAGUGACUAAUGCACUUUCUUAUUUUGAUUUUGUUGUGCUAGUGUUGUAAUGUUGCAAACAACACUCGAAACAAGUUUUCUUCUAUUCUGAAGAGCGAUGCUUAGCCAAAAAUUUACUUUUUGAUUGUUCUGUCAAUAAAAAUGGUCAUAUAUUGUUCCUGGGAUGGAUUCCUGGUACUUAUUUUUUUUCUCUCAGAAAUAUAAGCACUUGA